AUGACUCUUGAACAUUGGAAUCAGUUUGAAGAAAAUGAUGUAUGUUUAACUCAAAUCUGUGUUGAAGCAGCCAACAAUUUACUCAAGAGUAUCGAUGAGACAGUUGAUCCAUGUGAAAAUUUUUACCAAUUUACCUGCGGAACAUGGCUCAAGAAUACAAAAAUACCUGUAGAAGACACCAGUACAGCUGCAUUUGCCAUAGUGCAAACUCAAUUAACUAACAAUAUAAUUGAUAUUCUCUCAUCAACAUCAUCAUCAUCAUCAUCGACCAACAUCGAUCAAUCUCAUGCGAUUAUUAAUGCUCGCCGUUUGUAUGCUUCGUGUAUUGAUGAAGAAACCGUCGAAGAAGAAGAUACCGAUGUGCUUCUCUCAUUUAUAAAUAUACAAUUGGGUGGAUGGCCAAUUUUGCAAGGCUCUAGAUGGAACAAUUCGACAUUUAACAUAUCGAAUCAAUUACUUAAACUGUUCGAAUAUGGACAUCAAUUCAUCUUCAGUGUUGGUACGAUUGGUGAUGAUCAAAAUUCGUCUGCUAAUAUAAUAACAAUCGCACAAGGAGAUCUUGCUUUGAGUAUACGCAGUAUCUAUGAAAGCGAGAAUCCAAUCACUAUUGCCUAUCGUCAAUUCAUGUAUGAGAUAGUUCUAGCAUUGACUAAUGAUACAUCGAUGAUCAAUGACGAUGUUAAUGCUACAUUUGAAUUAGAAAAGCAGAUUGCCAAGUAUCAUUGGACAGUUGCCGAACUGGUAGCUCAUAUUGAUGAAAAUAUUCGUACAACACUUGGAAACCUUUCACGUACAUUGAAUGUCAAUUUUGAUUUUGUGAAUUAUCUUCGACGUGCCUAUGCUUUGGCUAAUGUGAGUCUUGUGAAUGAGGAUAUUGUGCUCGUUAUGACAAUAAACUUUAUACGCAAUGUUUCUUCGAUUAUUGAUCAUUAUUCAUCACGUACUUUGCAAAACUAUCUAGUGUGGCGUUUGGUACUUAGUCGAAUUGAUCAGAUGCCAAAACGAUUUCAAAUUAUCCAACAAAACUUUUUCACAGUAUUGACAGGAACCAAGUCUCAAAAAGCACGUACCACUGAAUGUGCUACGUUUGUCAAUACUUUGAUGGGUUUUGCUGUUUCUAAACUCUAUAUUCAAAAGUAUUUUGAUGAGAAUGCUCGUAAUCAAUCAAUGGACAUGAUUGAAAAUAUUCGUAAUACAUUUAUUGAUAUGAUUCAACAAUCAUCUUGGAUGGAUUCUAUAUCGAAAUCUAAAGCAAUAGAGAAAGCUCGUAACAUAAUCGAAGAAAUUGGCUAUCCUGAUUAUUCAGGUAAUGAAAAUUUAACUAAAUUGGAGAUAGACUAUGCUGAGUACAAUUUGAAUUCGUCUCUGAUGAGCAAUGGUUUGAUUGUAUAUCAACUAGAAAUGAAAAAAAAUAUUAAAAUGCUUCGCGAACCAGUCGAUCCUAAGAAAUGGGUUAUUCCACCGACAAUUAUUGAAGCUACCUAUACGGCACUAUACAAUCGAAUAAGUAAGAUUUAUGUUCUAACUAUAUUUUUAUUAGAUUCUUCAUAGCUUUUGCGGCUGGCAUUCUUCAAAUGCCUG